AUGUCGAGGGCAAACAGUAAAGCAAGCAAUUCAAAUGCUUCAGCAAAAUUGACGAAAAAAAUAAUAACCUCUCCUCAAGUUUAUAAACCCGUUGGACCAUACAGUCAUGCUGUGUUAGCCGAUAGAACACUAUAUGUGUCAGGCGUGUUGGGACUGGACGCAUCAUCGAAUAUGAUAUGUGGAGUAGAGGGCCAAGCAAGACAAGCGCUUUGCAAUCUUAAACUAAUCUUAGAAGCUGGUGAUUCUUCACUCAGAGGAGUUGUUAAAACGACGAUCCUGCUAGCUUGCAUUGAGGACUUGCAAGUAGUCAACCCAAUCUACGCUGAAUUUUUCCCGCAAGAAUUUCCAGCGCGUGCGGCUUAUCAAGUAGCUAGACUGCCUCUUAAUGCUUGUAUCGAGAUUGAGGCGGUGGCUUUGAGUGGCGAAAUAGAAGUAGCCGAUGGAACUUCAUGUCCCUGCGCCCGUACAUACAUUUAA